ACUAAAAAAAAAAAAUAAUAAUUACAUCUGCAAUACGCUUUCAGAUUACAUUCGAAAAGUUUCCCAAAGGAAAAGCCGCAAAAUAACAAAAAAUACCUGCAUUGGAACUGAAAAUUUGUAAAGAGGUCUUUAUAAGUCGUAUCACCUUAGAAAAGGCGUAAAAACAAAAGCAGCAGAAAUAUAGAAAAAGUAAUUUUUAGUAUAAUAUACAUAUUAUUAUUAAUGAAAAACAGAACCCUUACUUCGUAAAAAUCGACGUGUCAGAAUUUUUCUUUUUUAUUUUGAACUAAUAAUCGAAUUGUUUAUAUUUUGCCAAAUUUCGUCGUGUUCGAAGAACUCAAAAAAGUGCAUUCAAUUCUAUCCCACCUAUCAAAUAAUAAAAAUAUCAAGGACGUUGCGCGACCUCUUACGUUUACAAGCGAACGAAUUAGACUUGCAUUCCGAAAAAAAUUGUCCAUUAAUCUUUUUGUGUCUGUAAGGGUUCAUUGGUGCAGUUAAAACAAAACUGCAUAGUGGGAUAUGGCUGUUAAGCAAAAUAAUACAGAGUCAAAUGGAACAUCAGCGGAGGCGAAUCAGAUUAAAAAUGGAAACGGCAUCAAGUCUAAUGCUACGGGUACUAAAUCAAAAAAAAUUAAUUCCAAUGUCGGCAGUGAGGAUAGUGCAGGUAACAUAACGUCAGGAAGCGAUAACGCUGACAUAUCUGGAUGCAGUGGUAGCUCUGGGACGUUAAGCAAAACCAAAGCCAUGUCCUCGAUCGGUUCAAAUAUGACUGAUGUCACCAACAACGCUGCCAUUAAUCACCAUAACGAUAUGACGUGUAUACUUAGCAUAAUCGAAUGGCUUGCAGAUCGUCAGGAAAUAUUCAAUCACGAGCGCGCUAAAAUUUAUCAACAUCUCAUUUUCAAGCUAGCGCUUGUGCAGAUUCCUCGACAGUCGGACGACUUGAAACGUUUUAAAGAAGACAUGGCCAAGGUGGGAGCGUUCUUUGCCAAACCCAAUGACACAGUGGUCUACAAGUUUUGUUUGCAUUUGGUCUGCAAACUUAUUACAGUGAACGGAGAUACACCAUCCUGUGCCAUUGCUGUUAUUUUCGAACUUUUCAGUCCGGAUAUGAUUUCCGAAGCAGUCGAAUCCCUGGUAGUACGCGAAGUUUCCGAUAAAGUGAUGCGAAAGACAAUUGGUUUAUUGUGUGAAUGGCUGCGAACAUGUAAUUUUUGUCACAAUCUAAAUGUCUGGAUUAAGGCCAUUCUAACUGGUCUCCAAAAACAGCAGAAACUAACCCUUCUCGAAGAGAUUGCGCUUGAUAAUAUAAAGCAAUUGUUUGAAUCCCUUAUGAUCCCAGCGUUACGACCAAAAGUUGCACCCAUUGUUUGGCUUAUGUUGUCAUCUGCCGAUCAAACACCAGACGUUUUUCAUAAGAUUUUGCCAAACUUCACCCGGGUUGUAAAGGUCCUAAGAAAACAGUCUACUGGCACAGGAGAAGUUGCAGAGAGCGCGAAAAAGUCGCUACAGCAAUUAGUGGAUCUUACAAGUGAUCUUAUGGUCCGCUUCUAUGGUUAUGAUCACCUCUAUGAACCUAUUGAGCAAAUUCUUAAAGAUUUCCAACCGUCAUUAAAUUAUCGCAAGUACGCCUCGUUGGAUUUCGAUGGCGAAUCGUUUACUCAGCACACAAAUGUCAAAGUUGGUUUGGUUAAUCUAGGGAAUACUUGUUACAUGAAUAGCGUAUUGCAGGCUCUAGCCAUGACGAAAGAAUUUUCGCGUGAGAUCCUUUUGUCGGAAAGUAAAUCGCCACUGUUGGUAAAAAUACAACAACAGAUUGCUUUGAUGCUGUACUCUUCGCGUCAUGAGUUGACUCCUAUUAAGGUUUUAAAUGCCACAAGACCGCCUGGUUUCUCACCUGGUCUACAACAGGAUAGCUCCGAAUUUUUGGGAUAUCUCUUGGAAACUUUACAUGAACAAGAAGUGUUUUCGUUAGAAAAAUUUACAACAAAUGUUGCAGAGGUACAACAAGAAGCCGGUGCUUCGGCUGUAUGUAAAGACAAUGAGGCUUAUAAUGACGCAGAAUCGGUAAGGAUAUCAUCAGCCAUCAACAAUAGGAUCUUUCAAGACACAACACAGAAGAGCGCACAGCUACUAUUCCCAAUAUGCACGACACCGACGACCAACAUGCAAUUGCCGACAUCGAAUUCGACAAUUGAGAAGACCUUCACCGGUAAAUUGGCCACCACAUAUAAAUGUCUUACCUGUGGUUGGAAAAGUCGCAAUGUUGAUAGCUUUCGCGACUUGCAAUUAUCGUUUCCCGAUGUAAAAAAUGACUGUGCUUCAAAUUAUUCGGUUCAAGAUCUCAUUGAAUACUAUUGUUCGCCAGAAAAGCUUGACGGCGAUAACCAAUACUAUUGUGAACGUUGCAGAAAGCUCUCCGAUGCGGAACGCUUCAUCAAUGUCAUUAGCGCACCAAAGAACUUAAUACUGACUUUAAAACAUUUUAAAUACGAUCAAAAGUACAAUAUGCGUGCUAAAUUAAUGCACAAAGUGUUCCACGAUGAAAAGGUUUCGGUCAAAGUUUGUUCGCCGGAAACUUUAGAAGAAGUUGCAACAGUUCAUUACGACCUUUACGCUGGCGUCGUGCAUUCCGGUUUUAGUAUGGAUUCCGGGCAUUAUUAUACGUAUGCUGCAGAUGCAACCAAUAAAUGGUAUAAAUUUAAUGACAACAUUGUCACACUCUCCAAAACAGAGGAACUGCACAAUCUUUCCCCACCAAAUACUCCAUAUAUAUUGUUUUAUCAAAUGAGCGCACGUUCCAAUGAGACCCAAGAAGCUUCUACGAAAGUAAUUAAGGUUGACAUACCCGAACCUUUAAGCCUGGAAGAAUUACCUCUUGAGCUUAGAGAAAUGAUUAAGCGCGACAAUAAGGCCUUUACCGCGGAGAUGAGACAUUAUAAAAAUGCAAAUUUAAACGUUAUGCAUAAUCUUCAAUCCAAGCAGACACGAGACGGUUUCGACGAUGACGAAGACGAUCAGCCACCGCCUGCUAGUAGCUGUGGUGGUAACGCCAUGAAUAUUAACAUGAAUCGUUUUGUGUACUGAGUAAAACAAGUAGACAAUCAAAAAUGCAACAGUAACAACUAAAAAAAUUUUGUUUCGUCACUCCACGCACGCGUUAAUACAUCAACCUAAAUGUUUCAGAAAUAUGACGUAAAAAUUGGGUAAUUAAAACAGUAGCUUAUGUACUUUUGCGCAAUGCCUUCCUUGGUAAAAGUAAAGAUAACUAAAAAUCAUCAAGUAAAAGUAUUCCUUCGCCUCUUCUUGUUGAUAGCGUAUGUGUUAAAGCGUGUGAUAAUGGCACGUAAUUGUUUUCAAUUUCAUAUGCAAUUUGUUAAAACGAAACAACAAAAUACGAAAUAACUGAAAUAGUGAAUGACAUGGGAUUGAAUGGGAGUCGAGUUGAGAGAGAAUCUAAUUUUCAUAUAUAUAUAUAUACAUACACAAUAUAAUAAUAUUUAUAAACCAAGUUAAUUAGUCUAUGACUCGGUUAGUUUCCUUUUUUUUGAUGCAAAUACUUAGGAAAAUCGAAAAUAUUGUCAGUUAUCUAUCACCUUUUUGCGUAGCGUAACGCAAACAAAAUUCUAAUUUAUUAAACAAAAAAGAAAAAAAAAUAAAAAUAUAUAUAUAUAUAUAUAAAUAUAUAUAUAUACAUAAAUUUAAAUUAUUUUUUAAAACGCUUCUGCAAUGAAAUUGAAAUUUUUGGCUACUUUUAGAGACGUACAAUUACAUGAAUGAAAUGCACGCAACCAACCUUUACUUGAAACUAUUUUUACCGCGCCUGAAUAUAAACAAUGAUUUUAUU